AUGGAUUCGUUUACUUUUGAUUUUAAUACUGAUUCAACUUUCACAAAUGAUACAAAUAGUUCACAUAGUGAUUUGGAUUGGACAACAUUUCAAUCAACAUCACCAUUACCAACAACAAGUAGUCCAUUUACACCAUUAUGUUUAUCACAACAAGAUGAUGCUGUUGCACCAAAUAAUCAAUCAACAAUAAUAAAAACAUCACAUGAUGAUGAAAUUUAUUUUGAAAUAGAACACUUUUUUAAUGGUUUUAAUCAACAACGACAACAACAGCAACAGGCACAUUCACAAUCUAUAGAAUCAGAACAACAAGAAAUCAUAGAACAAAUGCAUACUACUAAUAUAAAUAUUUCUGAUCAAACAAUGAAUAAUAAACAUCAUGUUGAAUCACUUUCUCGAACACAUUCAUCAUUAGUUAUGAAUGAACGACCAAUGACUUGUUUACCGGCACCACUUUUACCACGUGUUUCUUCAUUACGUUCAAAAUAUUAUCAUAAAUUGCCUGAACAUGCUGUUAAAUUAAUGCAAGAAUGGUAUAAUGCUAAUUUGGAUGAUCCUUAUCCACGUUCAUCAGAUAAAAACCGUUUUAUAACAGAAGGUAAUAUAACAGCACAACAAUGUCGUUCUUGGUUCGCAAAUCGACGUCAACGACUUAAACAUGUUAAAAGAAAUCAAUCAAAACCAACAUCAUCAUCAUCAUCAUCAUCAUCACGUUUAAAUCAUUCAUUAAAGACCAAAUUUACUCAAAUACAACCAAUAGAAGCUCACUCUAUAACAUAUGAACAUUGUUAUUAUUGUCAACAACAACAACAGCAACAACAACAAAUAACUCUAUCAUCAUCACCUCUUUCAUUAACAAUACCAACAACACCUAUGACAACAACAACAACAUUAAAUGUUGUUAUUAAUCAACAAACAGUGGAACAAUUAAUUCAUAAUAGUCUUCGUAAAUUAUUCUGUCCAGCUCUUAUAUGA